ACGCCGUGCAUGCGUAGUUUACGGCGGAAAUAACAACAAUCAUGUAUUUUGUAAACAAAUAAUGAACAUUUAAGAGCACUAUUUUCUAUUAACACUCUGAUGAUUUUUACCAUCGUUUCAUUAAUAUAACUAUUUAACCAUGCCUCAUCUAAAAAAUCUCAACAGCAAACCUGCCCCAUGGAAGGAAGCUGAUUUUAAGGCCAAGAAACGCGGAGUUCGACACACAGUUUAUUCUGUGAAUGGAGAUGAAUAUACAGGAGAAUGGGAAGACAAUAAACGACAAGGUAAAGGAACGUACCAGUGGAAAUCAAAUGGUGCUAUUUAUGAUGGAGAUUGGAAGAAAGGACAAAGGAGUGGAUUUGGAACAUACAGUUUACCUGAUGGAAAAGGCAGUUAUAAAAAAGAAUAUUCUGGUGGAUGGAAAAAUGAUAAAAGACAUGGCUAUGGUACACGAUUUUAUUCCCCUGAAGAUUAUUAUGAGGGAGAAUGGUAUGCUGAUAAGAGAUGUGGAUGGGGUAGAAUGUAUUAUGCUGAUGGAACUAUUUAUGAAGGAGAAUGGUUUGAUGAUGAAAGAAAUGGAGAAGGGAUGGUCAGAUAUACUAAUGAAAAUCGUUAUGAGGGUUCCUGGAAGAAUGACAAAAAGAAUGGAAAAGGGAAAUAUUUCUUUUUAACAAAAGGUCAAUUACAGGAAGGAGUUUGGGUUGAUGAUAUUCCUAAAUGUGGUACAAUGAUAGAUUUCAAUAGAGAUAGUGCUCCUGAACCCACACAAUAUCCUAUACCAGAUAAUGAACUAGCAGAAAUAGCAACAGUAUUAGCUGAAGCUGAAGACAGAUUUUUACCUGAACAGGAAUAAAUUUGUGUUAAACAGAUUAGUGGGAAAACUGCUGGAAUAAUUUGUUUUGUGUGAUGAUUAGCAUUGACUUGUAUCAUGAAUAAUGGAAUUUAUAUUUAGUUUACAUUUAAGUGUAUUCACGGGUGUUUUUAAGGCACUACUUUUAUACUGCUGUCGAAAGAAAAAAACCGCUGAAUCAUCAUUUUUUUUAUGAUGUGUAUUUGACAUACAGAGAGACUGUUUUUAACUUGUAAAAUAUUUUAUUGGUUUUAGCCAAAAAUACAGUUUAUUUGCUUUCUAUUGUGGUCAACUUAUCCACAGGUCUGCCAAAAAGAAAGGAUUGAAACAGAAUUAAGAAUAAUAAUUUUGUUAUCAGCAUAUCUUUGUUCAUUGUACACCUUUUAAGACUUUUUAAAUUUCAUCUUUUUGUCAAAACUUUUUGAUAUUAUUUGUUUGGAGAGCCAAAAUUUUCCAGCACAUAUUAUAUUUGUAUAUAAAUGAUUUAGCUGGAGAUAUCUAACAUUCUUUUGAAUUUAGCCCUUUUAUCAUGGGUGUUUAUUAGAUUUUUUUUUACUUGCUAAUUGUAUAGUGUAUUUUUAUAUGAUAUGUAAAUAUAUGUGAUAUGUGAUAAAGUUGCAUUUUUUGUAGGAGCUUUUUUUUCUCAUAUUUUCCAAUGGUCACAAAACAUUCAAAUGUCUAAUUCGCUACAAAAAUAAAAUAAAUUUCUUCAUUUUACUUAUGUCUUCUAGAUUUGCCUAAUAAAGCUAGGCAAGGCUAUGCAGUAUGAUAAGGAAAAUUUUUAAUAGGACAGCACUACAAGCCUUUUGACACAGCGGAACAUUGCUUAUUUGUCCCAUUUGUAACGCAUAUUUUACAUUUUUUGACCCUCUAACCUUCAUCACUGACGGCUGGAGUCAGAAGUCAUAACAACAUGUUUUUAGAUUGAGCCACAGACACACCCUCCUAAAACCCCGUCCUAUCCUUACCUGUACCAGAUAGUAGUUUAUAAAUCCAAAAGACAUUGUAA